AUGUCAAGUACAAGAUUGUUCGAGGCUUCUUUGAAAGGCGAUGUUGAAGCAUUACAGCAACUGAUCCAAGAAAACCCUUUGAUUCUAGCCGAGUACGCACUCGUCUCCCCCCAUGAAAACCCACUUCACAUAGCUACAAAAGCUGGGAAACUUAGUUUUGUGAAAGAAAUUUCAAAGCUUAAGCCUGAGUUGGUUGAAGAGCUAAACAAAGAUGGGUUUAGGCCACUUGACAUAGCUUCGGCUCUGGGGCAUGCAGAGAUCGUAAAAGCUCUCAUAAAAAGCUGUACGACAACAACUAGUUUGUGUCGUUUGAAGGGGAGGGAUGGAAGAACGGCUAUUCACUAUGCUGCCAUGAGGGGAAAGCUUGAGGUCAUUGAUGAAUUGAUCUCUUCUUCUAAAGAGUGUGUUGAGGAUUUGACUUCUCUUGGAGAAACUGCACUUCAUUUGGCUGUGAAGUACAGCAAAUUUGAGGCCUUUACGCACUUGGUGGAAUGGGUUGAAAAGAUUGGAGAAGAAGAAAUUGUUAAUUGGGGUGAUAAUGAUGGCAACACGGUUUUGCACCUCGCCGUAGCUAGAAAACAACAUGAGGUAAUUUUUUAUUUACUCUUGCUUAGCCGCAGUACCAAACUGGAAAUAAACGCAAGAAACUCAAGGGGUUUAACAGCAAUGGAUAUAAUAGACAUACAAAUAUUGGAGAAUCCCAUUGAUAUUCAACUCAAAGAAACUCUCCAACAAGCCACUGGAGCCACCCUCAAUCGAUCAUCAUCAUCUCAUGAUCAUAACUCCUCAAACGUCGUCGUAUCAAACAUCAACCAACUACAAGAAUUCGAAGCUGAUCAAAAAGAGGACUGGAUCAAAUACUUCCGCUACAAGAGAAGAAGAGACUCUCCAAGCGACACAAGAAACGCUCUCCUCGUCGUCGCAACGCUCAUCGCCACCGUCACAUUCCAAGCCGGAGUCAACCCUCCCAACAGUUUCUCCACCACAAAGUCAACGAAUAUAGAAAGAAAAGUUAACGCUGAUGAUGAUAAUAAUUCUUACACACUGCUACAUAUUCCUGACGUCAUCACUCCAUCUCCUGUGGAACAAGAGAUGCCUUACAUUCCAGGCAAGUCCCUGCCUUUCACGAUAGGGUUUGGUGCGGUUUUGGCGAACUUGGGAACCCUAGCUGCGUCGGAGAUGUUCUUGUUCGGAAACUCGUUAGGGCUGACGGCGUCACUGAACGUGAUAAUCUAUCUGACGGCGGGGUUCCCUUUCCAGAGAGAGCUUCACAUAUCCAUAUACUCCAUGAUGUUCGCUUAUGGGUGGUCUGUGCAGGGUUUGCAGAGUGAGAAUAAUAAAGGUGGUGUGAGGAAUGUUAUUUUAGGGCUUGCUUUUCUUUUACCUUUCAUAUUGAGAUGGUUUCCCAGAUGGGCUAAGAGGAUUCGGUUAUGGUGGAUUAAUAUGAUGAUUACGAGGAACUCGAGGGUUGAGCAUUAUCCAACUUUGUGA